GCAGAGGAUGGCGGCCGUGGAGACCACAGAUACUAGAGGAGCCCCGCUAUAGGAUGUUUGGUAGGGACGGUCUAUUCCCGGCCAGGACCCGGAAGUGAAUGGGCGGGGUGGGCUGGUAGCAGGGGUCCAGGCCCGGGCCUGCAGCUGGAAUCCGGAUCGGGGAGUCGCCUGGUCCCCGGGAUGGUCAUCUAUGGUGGCGACUAAAGGCCGCAGCGGACGGCAGCAGCAGCAGCAGCUCGCCUCCGAUGGACGAGUGGAAGCCGAACCCUCGGGCCAAGCCGUUCGUCCCGCGGCGGCACAGGAGCUGGUUCAUCGCCUGGAAGUACAGGCUGAGGGGGCAGCGGUCGGUCAGGAGGCUGUGCCAGACUGGUGCACUCCUGUUUUUACUUGUGACCAUAAUUGUCAACAUCAAACUUAUUUUGGGUACAAGAAGAGCAGCAAAUGAGGAAGAACUAGAAGAAAACUAUGAUGAUGCAAUGCCUAACAUGGAAACUGCUCGUAGGCCUUCACAUGGCCGGAAGGUUCUGGACAUUGAAGUAUAUUCCAGCAGGUCGAAAGUCUAUGUUGCUGUUGAUGGAACCACAGUUCUUGAAGAUGAAGUCAAAGAGCAGAGUCGAGGAAUACACGUUAUUGUUCUGAAUCAAGCUUCCGGCCAUGUAAUGGCCAAACGAGUGUUUGAUACUUACUCACCCCAUGAAGAUGAAGCUAUGAUCCUGUUCUUGAAUAUGGUGUCUCGUGGGAGAAUCCUUCUGUUCACUAUCAAGGAUGAGGGAUCUUUCCAUCUGAAAGACUCUGCCAAAAAUCUGCUUAAAAGCCUCGGUAGUCAAAUUGCUUCAUCACUCAGUUGGCGAGACAUGUGGACUUUUGUGGUAAAGAAAGCAGGUCAAGUGUAUGGUGAAAAACAUUCAAAAUCUCCUGCCUUGGCCACUUGGGGUGAUCCAGUUUUAUUGAAGACUGAAGUUCAGCUAACCUCAACUGAAGAUGCCGAGUGCCAUUGGGCAGACACAGAUGCCAAUCGGAGGAGGAAGACGUUUUGCAGCAAGGUGGAAGGAUAUGGGAGCAUCUGCAGCUGUAAGGAUCCAGCACCUAUUGAAUUUAACCCCGAACCUUUAAAGGAUAACAAAGUUUAUGAUGUCCCAGUGGCAGUGAUAGCAGGUAACAGGCCUAACUACCUUUACAGGAUGUUGCGUUCAUUACUGUCUGCACAGGGUGUAAAUGCAGAGAAGAUCAUUGUCUUCAUUGAUGGUUACUAUGAGGAGCCGAUGGAUGUGGUGGAACUCUUUGGCCUGAAAGGUGUUCAGCACACUCCUAUUAGCAUUAAAAAUGCUCGCGUCUCACAGCACUACAAAGCCAGUUUGACAGCUACAUUCAAUUUGCACCCGGAUGCAAAGUUUACCGUGGUACUUGAGGAAGACUUGGAUAUCUCGGUGGACUUUUUCAGUUUUCUCAGCCAAACAAUCCAUUUACUUGAAGAGGAUGAAAGUUUAUAUUGCAUAUCUGCUUGGAAUGAUCAGGGUUAUGAGCACACAGCAGAGGACAUUGCUCUGCUCUAUCGAGUGGAAAGUAUGCCAGGGCUUGGCUGGGUUCUAAAGAAGAGCCUUUAUAAAGAUGAACUGGAGCCAAAGUGGCCAACACCCGAAAAGCUCUGGGACUGGGACAUGUGGGUGAGAAUGCCCGAGCAAAGAAAAGGUCGGGAGUGUAUUAUCCCAGAUGUGUCCAGAUCUUACCACUUUGGCAUUGUUGGACUCAAUAUGAAUGGCUAUUUUCAUGAAGCCUAUUUCAAGAAACACAAGCUCAACACAGUUCCAAAUGUGCAGCUUAAAAAUAUAGAUAGUUUGAAAAAGGAUGCUUACGAGAAAGAAAUUCACAAACUGCUAAGUGAGGCCAAGGUUCUAGACCAUACCAAAAACCCUUGUGAAGAUAGUUUCAUUCCAGACACUGAAGGAAAAAUCUAUCUCAUGUAUAUUCGAAUGGACCAGGAAGCUGAUUUUACAACAUGGACACAGUUAGCAAAGUGCCUGCACAUCUGGGACCUAGAUGUCCGAGGUAACCACAAGGGCAUGUGGCGGCUAUUCAGAAAGAAAAACCACUUGCUUGUUGUGGGUACACCUUCCUCUCCUUAUUCAUUAAAGAAACCAGCAUCAAUUAUCCCAAUAUAUAUUGAGCCACCUCCAAAGGAAGAUGUGGAAUUGAAUUAAGGAUGGCAUUUGAGGAGUUUACUCAUCAUUUCCGUGACUACUUUGUACCACUAUAUUUAACGUAUUAUCAUGGUUUUACAUGUUUUUUUUAAAAGAUCUGCUUCAAGUAAAGAAAACAAAGUUACCAAUGGCUAAUACUUGAUUAAUUGUACUACUAUAGAUUUAGUUUUAUAAAUUAUGGAUUGAUAUUUAUUUAUUUUACAUGAAUGCUGCAACUGCAUUUUCUGAAAUAUUAGUAAAGCCAAUCAUUUGAUUAGCUGGUGUAUCCAGGAAAUUAUGAAUGGGGUCCUGAUUUAUUCAAGCUAAAUAUAAUUGAAUCUGGUGAAACUGAUUAGUUCAAACGAGCAUAUUUCUUGCAUCAUAAGUGUUUCUACUGUAAUUAUCUCCUGCUGUAUUAUGUACGACAUAACAAAUUGUUGCCCAGAAUUGUAUUAUCACAUCUUCAAAUUCUGCAAAUAUAUAAAGUACUAAAUAUGUUAUGAUUUUUUUUUUAAAUGAUUGGGGUCAGUUUAUUGGGAGUAAGAUAUAGGAGGAAAAAUGUUUUUAUCCCGCUGGACUGAAUUAUUUAAGGACACGUCAAUCUAACACUAAAUAUUAUAGACUGGAAUUUCCAGGUUUCUAUGUAUUUAAUUAACCCCAGUUUGUACUAAUCAUUAUAUCUUAUUUAAAAAGCUUGUUUAUUUGCAUUUAUUGAACUGGGGUAGAUUAUAUUGUCUAUUAUAAAUAAAUGCUGUUUAUAAUUGUAUAUAAUCAAUGAAGGACUAGUAAAAUAUUAGUACCUAUGGAACUAUAAUUGCUGCUGUGGUGUGACAGAAAAUCUCCUGAGGAUUCCCUGAAUGUUUAAACCAUUUAGUUCAAACAUCAAAGCAGGUACUUUUUCCUUUACAGUGUUUAAUGUUUACCUACUGUGUGCUCCAGAACAGUGCCAACAGUUAUUGUGUAUUGAAUUGUAUAGUUUAAGCUUUCAUUGCUUCAGAAUCAAUGAAAUGACUGGCUUGAAUGUUCAGUUCAUAAAGGAGUAAUCCUAGUUUUAAUAAAAUGUUUUUACAAUCAACAUUAAAGCUGCUAAUGGUUGAUGGGAGGUGGGGCCAGAACAUGGGUGAGAUUUUGAACACCAAAUAUUUAACGACAAGCAAUUUAUAGUAUCUAUUUACCGUAGAUUUUCUACAAAACACGAAAAUCAGAAUCCUUUAUAGUAAUGUGAAGGAUAGUUCACACAAGGUGUAUUGAUCUGCACAGUUUCGACUUCUAUUGAGUUAAAAUGGUUAAUGCAAAUGAUUCAUGUGGCAUCAAUGUUUCUUUCAGUUCCAUUCAUAAUGUGACAUUUACGACAAUAUGCUGGAACUGAGAAAUAAAUAAAAUAUACCCCUAACAAAAUUUCACAUGUGGAAACAGACUUAUGUUGAGUGAGUCCCAAUCCUGAGGUGGCAGUUGCUGUAGAGUGAUCUAUUUGGACAGUUGCUGAACAAUGGGUUUCCAAAAAGUGUGUAAAUCUACCAAGGUAACAAAUAACGCUCAAGAUAAUUGGACACUAGUGACUUUAAAAUCAGUUUGUGGUAAUUCCCUAUAAUUUUAAGUUUGUAGAAUUGUAGCUUUCAAAUUGCCAAAUACAUUAUGCCUGCUUAAGUACUCAAAGGUUUAUGUUAUCUGUCGAAGCUAUGUUGAAGUCUGGGAGUUUCCUAAUUUGUUUGGAACCUUAACUGCUGUGGUGAAGUUGUCUUCCCCAUCACAGUCUUGAAUGGUUCAUUUGAUGAGUAGGCUGCAAAUUAGUACAAUUCCAAAUCUUUAAAAAGCUUUGAAAUUUAUAACAGAGGCUCUGCUUUAUGUAUGCUUUUUUUUUGCAGAAGAUGGAUGAUUCCAUGCAAAAUAAAUUGAUAUUUUGUGCUUAAGAGCAAAAUCAAAUGUGGCUGAAGAAUAUAUUGCCAUGAUGUAUUGCUUGUCUUAACUCCCUAGAAGUGAGUUAAGUUAAGUUUGCAAUCAUUGUUAAUGCAUGAUUUAUUUAGAUCAUGGCCCUACCACAAGAAAUGGGCAAUAUGCACCAUUUUCAGUAACUAACAACAGGAUAGCAAUUCUCAGAACU